AUGCUUGCUUUCCGCGAUCAGGAACAGGUGCCAGCGAACGACCAAUUUGAAACGGGAGUCGCUUCUCCACGAUCAAAGUCGACAAAUGGAGCUUUUGAAGAAGGUGCAACAGUACAUUUGCCUUACUUAGGCAAGGCGUCAUUGCAGUUUCAGGCCCCACUCGCUCACCGUUCUUGUUCUACAAGUCGGAAUCGCUCACUGCGUAUCUUGUUAAUGGUUGCAGUCCCGUUCCUCACAGCUAUACUGAUAGUUGCCGCAUGCAAAGCUUUUCACACCAAGAGACAGAAAUUGGGGAUGAAUCACCGCAGGUUGUCUUACAAUGGUGAGGGUAUCAACGACAAUGACCUCUUCAUCAUAGAAGAGUGCUUGGCGAUGGAGGAGGAAUUAGGACUUCCGCCCCCAGAGCCAGUGUUUCCUUCUAGUAGCAACGAGUUAGAGAGAAUAUCCGAGCUGGCGUCAAUGUUCGCGGAGAGUGCCGCAGCCCAUGAAUCGAUGCAAGCUGCGGAGCAGUACUCGGCGUGGGGUGAGUCCGCAGCAGCGCAGCCUGUAAGCCGUAGCAAUCAACAGGAGCACUUAAGUGACCAGCUAUCAGAACACCAAGGAGAUGCUGGGCUUUACCCCAUGGCUUCGUUGGGGGCAGCAUCUGGAGGAGGUAGCAGUACGAGUUUGUAUCCUGCCCUGAACCCUGACUCCUGGGUAGAAGACAUAGAAGACAUACUUCCAGUCGGAGAUUUUCAGGCGGAAUCCCAGGAUGAGGACCCUGUGGCUUCAUAUAGCAAUGCAAUGGAUACAGAUGCAAUGUUGCCUAUGCCAUACCUCCCCAGCACGAGCAACGCACUACACAUGGAGUUGGAUCAUCUCAUUAAGGAUCAUCCAUAUGUGCGGUUGCCCGUGCUGGAGCCGACUGUCGUUCCCAAGUGCCUUCUUCCAAAAGGAGCUUUGGGAACAAUAAGAAUGGACAUCUCGUCCCAUAUUCAGUUUCUCAUCUUGCGGAAAUUAUUUGCCAAGCGUACCCUCAACCAGCAGGACGCGGAUGAAGUUGUCCGUGCUUUGGAACAGUUAGCCAGCAAAACAGGACGAAGAGCAAGAACGAGCCGAAGGCAGGGACGACCCCUGUUUGCUGCCUCAACCCUUGGCACGUACUUUUUGGUAUUUGAUUACUUAGUGUCUGCAAUUCAGAUUUUCGGGAAUUCCAUGCAGCUACCUCUGUGGUGGAAUCAAUUCAUAUCAUUUUUCGACGUGGAUUAUUAUUUCCCCGAACCAAGCAAAAGGGCCCGGGGAAACGCAAGAUUCAACACACAAUUAGCGAACAGCUUGAUUGCAGCCCUGAGGAUCUACAAAACGGGAAACCGCCCACCGCUAAGCAUGGUGCUUGAGCUGAAGAGACAGCUGUUUUUUUCGAAGUUCGCACCCCAGCGAUUUAGAAGCCCUGAAUGGGAACCUUGGAGAACAGAUCAUAUAUUAUUUCAGCAGGAGCAUCGUGCAUCACUUCCCAAGGGUGGAACCGAAGGAGAGGACUGUGAACAAUGA